AUGACUACGGUGUUGCAAUAUGUUGAUAGUGAUGAUAUUGAUAGUUGUCAUUAUGGCGAUAGUGAUGAUAAUAGUGAUAAUCGUGAUUGUGUUGAUAGUGAUGAUUAUAUUAAUACUGAUUAUUAUGGUGAUAAUACUGAUAAUUAUGUGACACUCGUCACUAUUGAUGAUUAUGGUGAUAGUUGUGAUUAUGGUGAUAGUGAUGAUAAUAGUGAUAUUCGUGAUUAUGUUGAUAGUGAUGAUUAUGGUGAUAAUAUUGAUAAUUAUGGUGAUAGUCGUAAUUAUGUUGAUAGUGAUGAUUAUGGUUAUUAUUAUUAUUUAUUUAAUAUCCUCCACAAUGUGAAGAUUACAGAUAGUUGUGAUUAUAUUGAUAAAGAUGAAUAUGGUGAUAGUUGUGAUUAUGUUGAUAGUGAUGAUUAUGGUGAUAGUUGUGAUUAUAUUGAUAAUGAUGAUUAUGGUGAUAGUUGUGAAUAUGUUGAUAGUGCUGAUUAUGGUGAUAGUUGUAAUUAUGUUGAUAGUGAUGAAUAUGGUGAUGAUCAUCGUGAUAGUGAUGAUUAUGGGAUUAUGGGGAUAGUGAUGAUUGUGGUGAUAGUGAUGAUUAUGGUGAAAGUGGUGAUUAUGAUGAUAGUGAUGAUUAUGGUGAUAGUGGUGAUUAUAUUGAUAGUGAUGAUUCUAGUAUAG